AGAAUAAUCGCCCCACAAUUUCAAACAGCCAUUUUGAAAAAUGGUCGCCUUUUGAAAAACAGCUCCCAGCUUUAAGUCAAAAUUGCAAAUACAAUAAAUUUAAUAUCAAUUAUCAGAUGCAAGUGCAGACAAGUCAUUACAGCAUGGACCCCAAGAGGAUUAGGUUGGACGUUAACCAGGCACAGGCGGCCAGGUCGAUCAUCUCGUCUCAGCACGGAAACGGUGCAAUCGUUACACCUGAUACUUUGUUCGUCAACGUCAACAACCAGGCCUUUCCCAUUCUUGGCUCAAGCAGCAAUGGCACUUCGAACCUAACAUCAACAACAAUGCAGUCUCUAAAUAAUAUAAACAACUCAACCACAUCGAGACAACACUUUGCAUCAUCUGUGCCAACAUUACGGUUGAAAAACAUCACUGAAAUAUCUGCUGAACAACAGAGGUUAAUGAACAGCAACAGUAGCAGACAAGCAUUAAACAACAUAACUUUAAAAAACCAAUUGUUGAACAUACCAAUAUCCACCACUACUCCAAAAUGCACAUCUGUAUCUGUAGCUAGGGCAGUGUCAAUUGCCCCAAACAUUUCUGUUUCCAAAGCUGUACAGCAAGCUGUGGUUUUACCAACAUAUAAUUUGCAACCUCCCCCACCACCAUUUUCUAAUAAUGUGGCCCGUUUGUCAUCGAGCAAUUUGAUGCCCCCAUCUGGGUUCACAUAUGCAGGACCCGGUCAGUCGGUUUCUAUUCCUGCCCUACAAAUUCGAAUUGGGUCAAAAAAAUACAAACCUGUUUCUAAUGUUACUUUCAAGGAUGAUGGAAUUCUGUUCACUUUGAAAGAUUAUACUUAUGCCCCUGUCCUACUGAAUGCUCGAGCCAUUGUAAAAUGCAAGGCCAAUCUGAGCACAUUCAGUUAUCCUGCUCUCUUCCUCUUCCUUGAGUCAUCCUGUAUGAGACAGAUCAGAAGCAUCUUCAACAUCACCCACAAAGAGUUCAAUCUUAGUAGCCCUGUUGAGCUGAAGCAGUGCAUCACAAUAUUUCCACUGUUCGGGGUGGAUGGAAAGUCGCAGAGCCAGCAAGUCAUGCAGAGCAUAAAAAUGUCUUUUGGCGCCAUGCUUAAAAGGUAUCCAAGAAGUUGUCCUAUCUUGGAGGAGAUAUCUAAUGACCAGGUCAUCGACAUACUUCUGAUGAAUCAAGUCGAUAAACCGGACAACCCUGAUCCCUCUGCUACUACCACUGCUGUCGCCGCUGCUGCCACCACAACAGCUUCAGUCACCACUAAUGCUAAUGCUAACAGCAGUAACAGUAAUAAUAAUAACGUCAUUAAUGUUAGUAAUAAUGAUAACAGUAGCCAUGGUAACAAUAAUGGUAAUGGUAAUACCGCUAAUGGCGAUGUCACACAUGUUUCCAAUCAGGCUAGUGAUAAUCGAAAUAGCAAUGUACCUAAUGCUGAAUACCAUCAUCUUGCGAAAUCUAAUAAUCAGCCAUCAACAGCCAGUCAGCAACAACAGCAGCAGCAACUGCCUGUAAUAAAUGCCAAUCAAGCCGGUAUUCCAGCUGGUGCCGCUACCCUAGUCAUCCCCAAUGAUCAGACCGAGUGGCAAAAUAUGCAAAAAAACCUAAUGGUGGGCGGAUUGUAUCAUGCACAGGUUCCCUCAGGUCAGAGGAAGUACUGUCUGUGGAAUGGUACUCAGCUGGUUCCUUGUCUGGUUCAAAACACGGAGGUACAGCUGGCUUGCAGUCAUUUAAGAUUUGGCUUGUGUCUGAUCAGCUGUGUUGGUCAGGUGAGAAUUCGAUCUGACCAAUCAUGUGGCAUCUACUUCACAGUCAGAGGAAAGGAUGGCAAGCUGGCAGAGGUCUCCUUAUCUUAUUCAGAUAUUGUCAACUGCCAAUUACUCAGUAGUCAGAAGUCGGCAGCCAUCGUUCUUUCGCUGAGUGUCGGCAUGGUCGAGAAGUUGAGAGAUCAAUUGAAAAUUGGCUCUGACGCUGGUGGUCCUCUCUUUGCCCCAAACAUCACAGCCAGGAAGUACCUGAUCAUCUUCCUGUCUGACAUCAACAAAGAUCAAGAAGAAGCCAUGGUAAAUAUGAAGUCAAACCUACCAAAUGGGAAUAAAAAAAAAACUCAAAUGUUUCCUAAACUCGAUGACAGAACGGCCAUAUCAAGUCUCAUUGAAAUUGCCUGCAACAUGACACCAGAUGAUGCCAAAGAAAUUAUGACAAAAUAUUCUCUUAAAACCCAAGAUAACUUAGAUAAAUUGUUUCAGCUGAUAUCCACAAAAGAACUAAUCAUCGACCCAUCCGAAUUCAGUGAUGCCAGUCUCGUUGAUGAUGACGACGACGACAUCAUUAUGACGUCAGAGGAACUUGGUGUCAAAUGUCCUUACACUCAAAAAGUCAUGGAGGAACCUGUUAAGAAUACAAAAUGUGGUCACAACUACGAGAAAAAGGCCAUUCUCGAGUUCAUCAAUAACAAGAAGGGUAACGCCAAAUGCCCAUACGCUGGAUGUGGCAAUAGAGAACCUUUGAAAGUAGAAGAUUUGGAAGAUAACUUAACUUUAAAAGAAUAUAUAACUAAUCUUAAUAACAGUCCAAAUAAGACAUAGCAUUUAAAAUAAAUUAGUUCAGAGCGUCAAAAAUGCAUAUUUGUAUAUACAAGUGUGUACAUAUAGUUGUUUCUGACUGUUUGUAUGCAUGCGAUGCUUGACUGUUGGGGAGUGGGGUGUGUGCCGCUGAGAUUAUAAUUGUAACAAACCAUACCUUGGCGGUACACACUGAACUGGAGCGUUAUUUUUGUUGUAUCAUGUUGAUAUCAAACUUAUAUAUCCAAGACUGAAUGGUAGGUAGGUAGGGGAUGUGUGGUGAAGUUUUGUCUUGAUGCAUAUAUGUUUAGUAGUUAUAUGUAUAUUGCUUGAUGGAUGUAAGGAAGAGUAUAAAUGUUUGACUUGAGCGGGGUGUUUGUUGUAUGCAGACUCUAGCCUCUAAAUUGAUAGAUGUGAUGUUUUUCAAUUUAAUAUUUUGUUUCACAUUUCUAUUAUUGUAUAUUUGUUUGUAUGAAAAAGAUUUAUUGGAAGAGUUAAUUGUUAUCAAUAAAAUGUAGAAUAUAUGCUAUUACACCG